AAUUUUAGUCUCCUGUCGUUCCGGGAAGAAGCGGAAGAGGAAGAGGAGGAGGCACCAAUCCAGCAAGGGAAGAGGAGGAGGAGGGAGGGGAGGGAGGGGAAGGGGAAGAGGCUGACAAGGAGUGGGAGGAGUCACGAGGGCGAGGGAGAAGAGACUGGAGCUCAUGGAGGAGCUCUGGAAGACGAAGACACUCGCAAAGAGGAAAGACACAGCGUCUCAUACCUGCUACAGUUAUCAUUCCCCGGCCUCAUCCCACCGGUCUCUCAUGACUGCAACGGAACAACUACAGAAGGAAUCCGAAGCUCUGAAAACGAACUUCGCCAGAACGCAAAGAGAAAGAGACUCGAACAGAAAGUGAAACUUGAGCAAGAGGAAGACAAGUGGAAAGCUCUAAGGAUCCCGGCUCCAGUGAGGGAACUGAGACAAGAAGCAUAUCGGAGAGAAACGUGUCUUACGAUGGAGCUACUUGAAGGUUUCAAGAUGAAGCUGUUCACUUAUGCCACGAACCCUUUCCAGCGAGGGAGUGAGGAGAGCGAGGGAGAUGAGGAGGACAGGGAGGAGGGAGGGAGGAGCAGGGAAAGAGAAGGCAAAGAAGAGGGAGUACAUUGCCUGUUGAAACACAGGCUGGAAUUUGCUGACGAGAAGACAGUGAUGGUUGCCAAGGACGCCAACAUUCAGAACGAGGAUACGUUUGACAUCUACGACCCUCGCACCCAUAAACAAGAGGCGGAGGGACGAGGGUGUGGCUGA